ACAAUAACAACGAUGACGAUUAACGAAUAAAUAAAAACAAGGGCAGUGAAUUAGAUACUGAACGGAGCAGUGGUUGCGAAGUCAGUGCUGAUGACGUCACACUAUGACGUCACGCUUCCAGAUGCUAUUUUCAUACACGAGGAAAUAGAGAUGAUAAACAGAGACAAAUGAAAAGACAAACUUCACAGUAGGGAACAUCCUUAUAAAUAUGUAAAGCAAGUGAGUGCAAGGAAGUGUUCAUUAGUUGAUGAGGAACAGGCUGAAUGAAUUGCAUAAGGCGAAGGCACAUAAUAAGGCUUCAAGGAAAAUCUAAUAUUGGAUUUAGUUUUCCUCAAUGAACGUGAGGGAACCUGAGAGCAGGUAGAGAUGCCAACCUGGCGGCGAUGAGUAAGCAGUGAGGGGCGAGCCGUGUGAAGGAAGUGCAGUGGUACGAAAUGCGGCAAGUACUAGUGUAGUGCAGGUGUGUUGAGGAAACAGCUUGACAUUGAGGUCGAGGGAGCAUUUCCUCCACGCUGCCCUCUCACCUUUCACCUCUACCUCGGACCGUAGUGGAGCAGCGCCCUCUCAGCUCGGGAGAUUUCAACGAUAUUCAUAUUACAAAGUAGCGAUCAGGAAGCCCCAUGUACCACCACGCGUCCCUCGCCAAACCCCAGGCGGCAGGCGCGCAACGCCAUCUCACGGUAGCCUCGCCCCCAUGUCCUCACCACCACCACCACCACCACCGCCUUGCCAACUCUGCCCUCACUCCUGUCUGCCUCAUGCCCAUGCUGCUAGCCUCCGUCUGCCUGGUGGUGGCUGGGGCAAUGGGAGCAGUAGUUGAGGAUAGAUAUGAACACUGGUUGAAACUGGCGGAAGGGGACGAGAGGAUGCGCGCUCAGCCUCCAGAGGUCUUCCUGCGACGGAGGGAGGCUGCGGCGCAGAGCAUCGCCGUGGAGGUGUUGGUGGACGCCCUCACCGUGCAGAUCCUCGCUAACGGCCUACAGGUGUUACGCCAACACAAUGUAUCUACAAAGGUUACCCCAACCAACUACACGACAGGCCACCGCGGCGUGCACGUGGUGGCCCUGCACCCGAGCCACGCCUCUCUCACCUUGUCUGCCUACUUCCGCACGUGGCAGCCUCGCGCCGCCAAGGGCUUAGUGGACGCCCUGGCCAGCCUACAGCCCGGCACUCUGCUGGUCCUCGCCGCGCCGGGUGACUGGAGGCUGUUUUUAGACCAGAAGACGAGUGAUUUCUUGAUAGAGUUCCUUCAAGGCUGGUGGGUGGGCGACGUGUGCCUGGGAGAGAUGUGGGUGGCAGUAGCUACCGUGGGCGGGAAACUGUGGGCUGAGGCGGCCACCAGUAUGCGCGCCUUAUCGAACAAAAGUUCCUCGCCUCUCUAUCUGACAGUGCAAGUGCCCCGCCGUCCUUCAGGAGUGGCAGCAGAGUGUGAAGAGCAAAUAGACACAAGGAGAGCCAAGUUUUGUGAAGAGUACGAGGGCUAUGGGGACUGGUGUGGCUGUCCAGGCAUGGCUCUUUCUCCUGACCUUGCUCCCCCAAUGGAUGUGAAGGAACAAAUACCUAUUGUUAUCGUCACGUCCAGACACCAAUUUAAAGUUCUUCGUCAGAUUCGCCAGCUGUGGUCCCAGGCGGGUGGAGGUGUUACCCCAAUCCUUCUAUCAGUGGAUGGGGACCAAAGGGAGGCACUGGAUUUCGCACAGGUAGUGGGUCUGCCUGCAGUAUUCCAUAAUAAUCCAGCUCCCCCCGGCAGCAACAUCAGAAUUAAUGAACACAUUAAAUUCUCUAUCUUCCAAGCCUUUAAGCACUUCGCAUCAGUAGACAAGGUCAUUGUUUUGGAGGACGAUCUAAUUCUGGCACCAGACUUUAUAAGAUACUUCCAUCAAACAGCACCACUACUUGAUGCUGAUGACACCAUCUUUUGCAUCAAUGCCUAUAACUACAACAGCUUCACUCCCUUUGCUGUGGACACCUCGAGGCUGUACCGGGAGGACAUCUUGCCUGCCUAUGGGUGGAUGGUGAACAGACGGUGGGCACAGGAGAUCCUUCCCCUCUGGCCCAAGAGCAGCCAUGCAGUGGACUGGGACUGGUACCUACGAGGCAUGAUCCAGAGCAGCUCUGGGAAAGACAUUGUGACUCCUGAGGUGCCACGGACCAGACAUGAUGGGAAUGGUGGCGUGCACGUGACGGGCUGGGAGCAGGGUGGCUACUUUGACCGCAGAGCCCUCAACACCGACCCUCAGGCUGUAGUCAACAUAUCCUACCUGACAUCUGAAGCCUAUGAGAGAUUCCUGCAACAGGAGCUAAACACAGCCACACUCCUGCAGAUCACGACACAUCCUUGUGUCAAGCAGUACAUCCCACAGACCAAGGUGGGCAGCUUCCUAAUCUACUACCAUGGGCAAACAGAGAAAGAUGAUAUGCUCAGUUAUUUUACUCUAGUUGGGUGUUUGGGAGGAUAUGAGAAGGGACGUAUGGAGCACCACCACCUCAUGCACACCAUUGGUUACUAUGGUAAUGCUGUCUAUCUGGUGGCCUGCCCCGGUUCGGCAUAUUGUACAGUGAAGGCAGAGGACUACCCAAGACUGGUGUACACAGCCUCCCUGAAAGACGUGGAGCAAACCCACCGCCACGUUGACAACAUCAUGCAACACGUGCACGUCCCAGACAUCAGGAGAAGAGUGCCACCAUUUGAACCAGUGGAGGAAUUCACCAUGGAAAACUAUAUUGUUAUCAACAUGACAUUCACUUACAGGGAAAUUACUAGUUAAUACUGUUGAAAUUAAACCAGUGCUACCCUCUUCAACCCCGUCACUGUGCUAAGAAAGCAAGGAAAUGUCAGACAAACUGCACGUGUAUACAUGGCUUGGCAAGCUGCAGCCAUCAGGGGAUGAAGGGUAACCACACAAGUGGUAAUGAAGCUGGAGACUGACUUCAUGGCUUCCACAGAAAACAGGUCAUCAGAGGUAGUAGAUAGUCACUCUCAGAUAGUGUCUUUCCAUACGUUCAUUUUAGGUUUUUAAUUGAUAUAUCUAUUUAUACAUAUAUUUUUGACAAUGUAAAAAUCAUGGAGACAUCAAAAUAUUUUAUUUGUCAAAAUCAAAUCACAAUCAGAAGACCAGUUUGUUUCUUGACAGACACAUCACCAUUGGGAAAAAAGCAAGACAAUAAAUAAAUAAAUAAAAGAAAAGAAAAAGAAAAUAUAAUUCAUCACCAUUCCUUCCAGCCAUGCAUGAGACAAAAGUGGAUGUAUAAUUCAUCACCAUUCCUUCCAGCCAUGCACAGGAUAAGAGUGGAAGGCUGAAGUCCUUAACUUAAGAGAUAAUGAUUCAGUAAUGAAGAUCAUCUAAAAUAUAAUUAAUGGCAAUUAUAAUAAUAUAACUUAUGUAAAUUCCAAUCCUAGUUUCAUAUGAGAAUAGGUACUUCAUGACCUUCAGUAAUUUUGCUGAUAGUACUGCUUUCUUUCUAAUUUAAAUCUUUACGGUAGCUGUUUUUUUCACUUUUUGAUGACUUCUGUUGUCAUCUAAUAAAUCACAUGUGUCACUCAGUAGUAUAUAUCAAAAUGUCUGUGACUUAUAUAAAUAAAUAAAAUCAACAUUUAAAAGGUUUAAAGGAUACAGAUAUUACUUUUUU